AGCUUUUUUCUUUCCCCUCGCCAUAAUCAGACAAGCAAGGUUAUAUAAUGCACCUACACCCCUGCCCCCAAAAACAGACAGUCAGAGAGAGAGAAGAGACCCUGCUUCACAUGGAACGUACCUCACCUCCCCAUUAGGGUCUACUCACUCCCCCAACACCUGCCGAUUUCUCCAGGGAAACUCAGCGCCCCCCAUGGACAGACUUCGUCUCUUACACUUCCUCUGGAUCUUCUCAGCUGCCCCAGUAUUGGCAGGUUACCCCAUUUGGUGGUCCUUAGCACUUGGACAACAGUACAGCACCCUUGGGUCCCAGCCAAUCCUCUGUGGAUCUAUACCAGGUCUUGUCCCAAAACAGAUGCGGUUCUGCCGGAACUACAUUGAGAUCAUGCCCAGUGUAGCAGAGGGGAUAAAGCUGGGAAUUCAAGAAUGUCAGCACCAGUUUAGAGGGCGCCGCUGGAACUGCACCACCAUUCAUGACAGCUUGGCCAUCUUUGGACCAGUACUGGAUAAAGCCACCCGUGAAUCUGCGUUUGUCCACGCCAUUGCCUCUGCCGGAGUUGCCUUUGCCGUGACUCGUUCUUGUGCUGAAGGCAGCUCCACAAUCUGUGGCUGUGACUCUCACCACAAAGGCUCCCCUGGAGAUGGUUGGAAAUGGGGUGGCUGCAGCGAGGAUGCAGACUUUGGAGUUCUGGUGUCCCGUGAAUUUGCAGACGCCCGAGAGAACAGGCCAGACGCCAGAUCAGCCAUGAACCGACACAACAAUGAGGCCGGAAGAGCGACCAUUCUUGACCACAUGCACCUUCGAUGUAAGUGCCAUGGUCUCUCUGGCAGCUGUGAGGUUAAAACUUGCUGGUGGUCCCAACCUGACUUUCGUGCUAUUGGGGAUCACCUAAAGGAUAAGUAUGACAGUGCCUCCGAGAUGUCAGUGGAGAAGCAUCGGGAAUCACGAGGUUGGGUUGAAACACUGAGGGCCAAAUACUCGCUCUUUAAACCUCCCACAGAGAGGGACCUUGUGUACUAUGAGACUUCCCCCAACUUUUGUGAGCCCAAUCCAGAGACUGGAUCUUUUGGGACCCAGGGCCGUUCCUGCAACGUGACAUCCCAUGGCAUAGAUGGAUGUGACCUCCUGUGCUGUGGAAGGGGCCACAACACGCGCACCGAGAAACGCAAGGAGAAGUGUCACUGCAUUUUCCACUGGUGCUGUUAUGUGAGUUGCCAGGAAUGUGUGCGCAUUUACGACGUCCACACCUGCAAGUGAAACAAAGGCUCCUGCUGCGGUACAUAUCGAAGUGUCACCUCUGCUGAAAGGAACUGGUUCCUCAUGAAGCACCAACCAUCCCAAGAACAUGUCUGCUGGCUGAACUAGUCUGGCACAGGAUUAGGCACAACUCUUACAUGGCCACAAGAACUAUGAGUGUAGGGUUACAAGUAGUGAGAACCUUUUGCUUUCCUUAGACAGUUUUCCAACUGACAAUGUGUAGCCAGUGCCUCUAAUGCAAUAUCUAUAUUACCCGACCCAGGGAUUUCUUUUUUAACAUAUUAUUUUUCAAGAACCACUAUACCCUGAAUUGCUGAAUGAAGUCUGUCUGUAAAGGCUAUGAGCUAAACUGUGCUUAAAACAGGGGGAUAUCUAACCUGGCUUAGUUGUAGGGGAGCUCUCUUAUCUAUCAAUGCCUUAAAGGAAUACUGUCAUGGGAAAAAAUGUUUUUUUUUUUUUUUUUCAAAACCCAUCGGUUAAUAGAG